AUGGGUGAGAAUCCAUGGCAGCCUCUGCUCCAAACCUUCGAGAAACUAUCAAACUGUGUCCAAACUCAUCUCUCUAAUUUCAUCGGCAUCAAAAACACUCCUCUUUCAUCAUCCACAAUUCAAAACCCCAUCUCCUUCGACUCUUCCUCACCAAUCGUAACCAACAAUUCCAAUCUUCAGAAACUCCCUCUCAAGGACAAGUCUACUGGUCCUGUGACUAAAGAGGAGCUUGGGAGAGCUACUUGGACAUUUCUUCACACUCUUGCUGCACAGUAUCCAGAAAAACCAACAAGGCAGCAAAAGAAAGAUGUUAAAGAACUGAUGGCGAUACUUUCUCGAAUAUACCCUUGUAGAGAUUGCGCAGAUCACUUCAAGGAAAUCCUAAGAUCGAAUCCUGCACAAGCUGGAUCUCAAGAGGAGUUUUCACAGUGGCUUUGCCAUGUACACAACACCGUAAAUAGAAGUUUGGGGAAAUUGGUGUUUCCUUGUGAGAGAGUGGAUGCAAGAUGGGGCAAGUUAGACUGUGAACAGAGAAGUUGUGAUCUUCAUGGAACUUCUUCUAUGGACUUUUAG